CUAACCGAUCCACAGAGCCAUGUGAAGUUAGAUUUGAGCUGUGCUGCUGUCGUUGUUGUAGAUGCUACCGGUGCCUUGAAGUACUGUUCCAGGUUCACAUCAAGCCUCUUUCAUCUCCGGGCCUCAGGCCACGCUUCAGCCCAAUCUCCCAAAUGACAGCCUUUAUUGCAACAUACCCGCCCCUAGGGCAGGUGACACAGCUACACGACCCUAGUGUGCGAUUCCGCGCGGUCCUCGAAGUUCCCAAUGAGGCGGCCGCCGCAUCACCGUGGCAGCUCGCACUGUGGUAUCUGAACGGUGAUAAGGGGGGAUGGACCGAGGCCGAGUUUCUACCUGAUACGCCGGAUACCCAGCCCAUAUGCUUACAUGAGGCUAAGGAAGGCAAGGUCAGGCUGUACUUUACGGCCAACCAAGCCGUGCACGGAUCGUUGAGGUUCACUGUCAAGUUUCGGCAGGCGGCGGGCGAUAGUGAAUGGCAAUGGGUCCGGAAUGAGCAGAGCUCGGAUGAUGGUGUCGUGGUGAUGGAACAGAAACUAACUCAAGAGGGUGACCCCGAGGACUUGCCGGACUUGAUCCGGUUUCUGAAUCGGGACCUCAAGUGGCAGAGCCACAUGAGCCAGUCCCCCGGAACGCGACUAUGGUCCGUCGAGGCAGGAGUGGAUAAAGCAAAGGAGGACGAGUCGACGUUUGUCACAGUUCCGCUGGGCAUCCCAUGGGGAGAGUUCCUCAGGUGGUUCGUCCUGGUCAGGCAGUGGACGCCGUGGUUGGCUCCGAGGCAAGGCAGGUCCCUGUCAGACUUCAAACUCGAUAAAGAUGCGCUGGUCUGCUCGUUUCUCUCUCCCCGGGGCAAGCACAUGGUUUUCCUUGGGAUGAGCGGUAUAAAUGAUGUUACUACUCUACUCCGUGGUGGAGAUUCCGGGCAUCUGAUGCUUCACAUCCGGAGCGACAACCUGGAAUCCACAAAAGGAACCGUCCUGGUAGCUGUUGGUGACAACUUUGAGAGCACAAUCGCUUCUGUUAUGUAUCACGCACGUACUCUUGUCAUGACAGCAAAUGCGGCAACUGCUCAAGAUGGAGCAGACACUACGUCGCGGAGCGAUAUCAGACCGGAAUGGUAUGAAAGCUGGUACGAUGGAUUGGGAUACUGUACAUGGAACUCCCUGGGCCAGAAUCUGACAGAGGGAAAAGUGCUGAAGGCACUGGACACCCUGGCUGAGAAUAAGAUCAACAUCUCCAGCUUGAUCAUAGACGACAACUGGCAAGACAUCGACUACCGCGGGGAGAACCAAUGGCAACACGGUUGGAACGAUUUCGAGGCGGAGCCGAAAACCUUCCCCCGGGGUCUCAGAGCCCUCGUAUCCGACAUCCGCGCAAAGCACAAAAACAUCCAACACAUCGCUGUGUGGCACGCCCUCCUGGGCUACUGGGCUGGCCUCGCCCCUGACGGGCCCCUGGCCCAGCGAUACAGAACCGUCCAGCUGCUCCGCGAAGACGAUAAAGGUUGGCUCCCCAUCCACGGCAAGAUGACCGUCGUGGCCCGUGAAGACGUGCAGGCCUUCUACUCCGACUUCUACCGCUUCCUCUCCGCCAGCGGCAUCGACGGCGUGAAGACCGAUGGCCAGUACCUGGUUGACACCUUCGUCUCCCCCUCGGCCCGCCGUUCCCUCAUCCCCGCCUACCUCGACGCCUGGACGCUCGCCUCCCUGCGCCACUUCCAGGGCCGCGUCAUCUCGUGCAUGUCCCUGGCCCCGCCCGUUCUGUUCCACUCGCAGCUCCCGCGCGGCGGCCGCCCGCCCUUCGUCCUGCGCAACUCGGACGACUACUUCCCGGGCGAGCCCGACGCCCAGCCCUGGCACAUCUGGGCGAACGCGCACGUCGCCUUGCUGACCCAGCAUCUGAACGUCCUCCCGGACUGGGACAUGUUCCAGACCGUGCAUGACUACGCCGCGUUCCACGCCGUUGCGCGCUGUGUCAGUGGCGGGCCCGUGUGUAUCACCGACGUCCCGGGGAAGCACGACGUCGGCCUGAUCGACCAGAUGACGGGCGUGACGCCGCGGGGGAAGACGGUGGUGUUGCGGCCUGGCGUGCUGGGCAGGACGCUGGAUGCGUACAACGGCUAUCGAGACCCGGCGCUGCUGAAGGUUGGCGCGUAUCAUGGCCGGGCGGCGGAGGGUACGUCGAUCAUGGCUGUGUUCAAUGUCUCGGCGAGGCCGUUGACAGAUAUCAUCCCCCUGACCCGGUUUCCGGGGGUUGUCGCUUCGGGGAGGUAUGUAGUGCGGGCGCAUGGGAGUGGGACGGUCACGUCGCCGCUUGAGGUGGGAGGUCCGACGCCGCUGCUGACGGUUUCGCUUGAAGCGAGAGGGGCCGAUGUUCUCUGUGCGUACCCGUUGCACACUGUGAACUCCCGGACAACGGGGGACUUGCUGCUCGCGAAUCUGGGGCUGGUAGGCAAGAUGACAGGCUGCGCAGCUGUGUUGAGGACCGUGUACGAGGUGCGGGAGAAUGGGAGGAUGUUGAUCGAUGCGACACUGAAGGCCCUGGGCGUACUAGGCAUCUAUAUCUCGACGCUGCCCGAGCUGUCGAUACAGGAUGAUUUCAUGGUGACCAUACAGGGACAACCGAUCCCGCCUCACACAGUGGCUGCGAACAAGCAUGAUAAUCACGUCCUGGAUGUCGACAUCGAGACGGCGUGGAAGGAAAUGGGGCUCAAGAGCGGGUGGGCGAAUGAGGUGGAGGUAAAGGUGUACUUUACAUUGGAGAAGAAGUGAAGUAGUGCUGGCCUACAUCACGACAGAGCAGUGAUGGGGUCCUGGCAUAUAUAUGUCGGGUCAUCAGCUCGUUGGAUAUACCGCUUAAACCAUGCGAAGCGUGGCGAGCCACACGGCUCCCAGAUUCCUUGAGCUGGGAGAUCUGCUGGAUCGGCUCCAAGCUGAGGGGUUGAACUCGUUGCCUUCUACCAUUCUAUCACGAAGAGCACUCCCUUCGAUUCUUCGAU